UCAGUCAUUUCCAUCAUGUGUUCCUUGUUCUCUAUCGCAGAGUGCGAGGCGUCUCAGAUGAAGUGUAGAAAUGGCCGCUGCAAACCCAAGUUCUGGGAGUGUGACGGGUUCGAUGACUGUGGAGACGGCAGCGACGAGGAAAACUGUGGGAAAUGCAAAGCAGGAGAGUUUCUCUGCAGAAACGGCCGCUGCGUCCCACAAAAGUCAAAGUGCAACGGGAAAGACGACUGCUCAGACGGGUCGGACGAGUCCAGAUGUGAGAAGUCCCUGGUGUUGCAGCAGUGCUCUGAGUUCACCUUCCGCUGCAGGAACGGACGCUGCAUCAGCAAACUGAACCCUGAGUGUGACGGGGAGCUGGACUGUGAGGACGGGUCCGAUGAGAAGGACUGCACGUGCGGGAUGAGGCCGUACCAGAGCUCCCGCAUCGUGGGGGGGGAGGCGUCCCGGGAGGGCGAGUGGCCGUGGCAGGUCAGCCUCCACGUGGCCGGCACGGGUCACGUGUGUGGCGGGUCGGUGCUUAGCAACCGUUGGCUGCUGACCGCCGCUCACUGCGUCCAGGACAACGGGCCGAACAAGUACUCCCAGGCCGACCAAUGGGAGGCCCUGCUGGGUCUGCACAUGCAGAGUCAGACCAACGAGUGGACGGUGAGGAGGAAGGUGAGGCGGAUCAUCGCCCACCCGGACUACAACUCCUUCACCUACGACAACGACUUGGCCGUGAUGGAGCUGGACGCCAGCGUCACCCUCAACCAGAACAUCUGGCCCAUCUGUCUGCCCUCCGCCACCUACGACUUCCCAGCAGGCCAAGAAGCAUGGAUCACGGGCUGGGGGGCCACGAGGGAGGGAGGCCUGGCUGCCAGCGUCCUGCAGAAGGCGGAGGUUAGAAUCAUCAACAGCACAGUGUGCAAGAGUCUGAUGGACGACCAGGUCACUGACAGGAUGCUGUGCGCCGGCGUCCUCAAAGGGGGCGUGGACGCCUGUCAGGGCGACUCUGGCGGCCCGUUGUCCGUCACGGCCCCUGGGGGGCGGGUAUACCUGGCUGGCGUGGUAAGCUGGGGCGACGGCUGCGGCCGCAGGAACAGACCCGGCGUGUACACCCGCAUCACCGAGUACCGCGGCUGGAUCACGGAGCAGACGGGCGUCUAAAGUGUGGGUCGCCCAGGCGAGGAAACAAGGAAACAAGGAAACCACAGUAAUGCUGUAUGAUAAGAAGUGGCCUAAUGAAAAGUAACACAAUCAACCCCAAUGAGUUCUUAACAUUUUAAACAUUUACAGCUUGUAUUUUAACACAACGGCUAAUUGGUCAAUUAGUACCAUUUAUUUUAUAACCUUUGAUGAAACUACUGGUUUAAAUCGGCCAAAGGAAUCGAUCCUUAAAUGACUUCAUAUGGUUCAGUUAAUACUCACAAAGCGUGCGUGAACAUUCUGUCCAGCAGCAGAAGACAAAGAUGAAUUACUUUAUAGGAGUAAAUAGUUCAUAAGUAAAACACUUAAUGACCAUUCUGUAAAUAUUGCUAUAUACAUAUAUAUAUAGAGAGAGAGAGAAAAUAUAUAUUUUGUGGUCCCAAAAUGUAAUUGUCAUUGAGGCGGAUGGGUUUCCCAACUGAUUCUACAGCUUUCUUCUGUGUUUGAAGUUUGAGAAUCUGUUUUGUUCUCAUUUCUCAGUCACGUAUUAAUGUUUAAACUCUUUUCUGCUGAAUUGAAUUAGUUGUCUUUGCUUCUACACAGUUACAUUGUUGGUUUGGGUUGCAACAUAAUUAAAGAUAUGAGAACACGAUUGAAAGGAAACCGCUGAGCUGAAGAAUAAAAGCUUCAUUUUGAGGGAUUAAACAUUUAGAUAAUCACAAAUGUUUACCGACUCAUUUACACAGUAGAAAAAUAUACAAUGUGUUUUUUCAUGGUUCCCUUCUGGAUUAUUGUUAUAAUUCACUGUUUGCAAUAAAAUGUUUGUUGUCCAUGCGA